AUGCAACAUGAAGCAGUUUCUACUACAGAUAGGGUUAAACUAGCUGAAGAUUACAUAUAACGAUUAGAAAAAGGAUACAUAUGUUUCAAAUAUAUGCUAUAAAAUAAAUAAACGCUAAAAAUAGAUUAGAGAAGACAUGCCAGUCUUGAAAAUGAUAUAUAACCUGUCAAUAGCUUGAUAUUUGAUUUCCUUUAUAAAGCUAAUGUCAUCAGCGCAAACCCAUAAGAAGAUAAAGAUACAACUUGA